UUUGGAAUGUCAACAAAUGAUAACCUGAAGUCUACUCUAUGCGGAAGAAUUGUUAAAGAAUUUGACAAUUUACGAACAAAUGUUACGUUAGAAUUCUUGUCUGACGAUAACAAGAACUCCCAUGGAAUUUUCGUCAUGUGGAUUACCGUGCCUAUCACAACGUCUACAGCCACGACGAUAUCUACCAGUACAACUGUAUCUACCACAGUAACUGAAGGUUACAACAGACAAGUUUAUGUAGAAAACAAUGUAGAUUUAUCAAAUGGCGAGUUUGCAGGCAUUAUUGUUGCUGUAGUUGUUCUAUUGGUGUUAUCUUGUCUAGGAGGCUAUCUCUUUGGUACAAGGUAUGUAAACAUUUCAUGACAGUUGACAAAACAG